GGGCGCCCGCCCACCGGAGGAGCGACUGGAGUUGAUCGGCUGGGCGCUCAGGUAGCGAAGAUAAACGUAGUCUUGUGGCAGAAAAUCGACAUUCUCUGCACUAUCUUUAGUUUUCCAACUGAACUUCUGAGAAAUGGAGGCUACAAUACCUAGUUUGCCAAACAGGAGAUUAGAAGACUACAAUUCCCAGAAGGCACUACGACCAACAUUGGUCCGCGCUCAUACUUUGCAUCAUGGGACUUGUAGUCAUCACCAGCUUGAGCUGAUUCUAACAGUUUCACUCUUGUUGCCCAGGCUGGAGUGCAAUGGCGUGAUCUCGGCUUACCAAAACCUCCACCUCCUAGGCUCAAGAGAUUCUCCUGCCUCAGCUUCCCGGGUAGCUGGAAUUACAGCUUCAGAUCCAAAUGGUAUGCUAGCAUUCUCUUCCUAACAGUCCACUGUCAACACUUCACUGUUAGAACAAUCACACCAGAAUUAAGGUCAAAUGGAUUAUCUUAUUCUUCAUUGCUGAAAAUCACACCUCAUUGAAAUUUGCUUCAUAACUGAACCAUGAAUUUUUCAUCAAACAUACUUUUGUGUUUCUCCUCCUGGCAUUCUUUAUGAGGAACUUCUUUUUGGAGCUCACUGACUUCCUGUUCUAAUUUGGUCCAGUUAUUUUCUAGAAUUGCUACACGACUGUCAUCCUGGGACUUCCUUCUGUUGGAAUCUGGGAAAGCUUACAACUUUUCAUAUCCUCUCUUCUUCUUUUGUGUUUUUCACCCUGAAGUGUACAAAGUCAAAUGAAUUUCCUAGAAAAACUAGUGAGUUAAUAUUUUGAGUCCUUGUGAUAUGGGAGGGGGGCAGGGAAGUGCUGGGUAGAGAAGUGCGGGGUCCCUGAUGAGGGCUCCACCCUCAGGCUGUGCUCAUGACUAAAUGAGGACAGGCAUUUCUGUUUUCAUGCCCCAAAAGUUGCCUUUUGGCCCACGAUGAGCCCCAUCCUGUACCCGUAAAAACCCAAGACCUGAGAAGUCACAGACACAAGUGGCUGGACGUCAAGAGAGCAGAAGAACAUAGCAACAGACACCAGCAGACAACAUCAGGCCAUCGACGGCUGCAUGAUGUGGAAUUUGGCUGGAGGCAGUUGGAGGAGAGUCUGGCUAUUGGGGCGACCUGACUCCAGGGGAAGACCACCUUCCCACUCCAUCCCCCUUCGGGCUCCUCAUGCAUCUCACAAGAGCUACUUCCACCACUCAAUAAAACCUUGCACGCAUUCUCCAAGCCCACGUGUGAUCCGACUUCUUGGGUACACUAGGGCAAGAACUCGGGAUACAGAAAGCCCUCUGUCCAUGCGAUAAGGCAGAGGGUCUACUGGAGCUGAUUAACACAAGCCACCUGCAGAAGGCAAAGCUGAAAGAGCACACGAUAACACAUGCCCACUGGGGCUUCAGGAGCUGCAAACACUCAACCCUAGACACUGUCAUGGGGUCAGAGCCCCAAAACACUCCCCACGAUCUGCUCAUCUGCAUGCUCCCCUCAGGAGUUUGAGCAGCGGGUCACCGAAGAA